UGAGUGUAUCCCAGUUUAUCUCCCUCCCCCUGCCCACAGUGAGUGUACCUCUGUCUCAGGGGAGCCCUCUAGUGCUGCGCUGAUCGGAACGGAUUGCAGUUGGAGCGGUCGGAAGGCAGCGCUGAGUCAGUAGCUGGACUUGCAGCUGUUGCCGGAUCUCUGAGACAUCCCGCGGGCUGGGAGCAUCCGCGGGUCCCCGGGGCCGUGCGAGGAGCGACAUCAGGACAGGAUAAGCUCGUCCUCAUGUCUCGGACCGUGCCAGACACCGCCUGCCUCCUGGAAUGACAGCCUGGGUCAUCCUGCCCGUUAGCCUGUCCGUCUCCACCAUCACAGCACUCUGGGUCGUGUAUGCGGUGGCAGUACGGAAUCACCAUGUUUGCCCUGUGGAUAACUGGAUUUACAAUGAAUCAUGUGGCCUGGUCUCUGCGCAGGGAGGACCCAAAGUAUGUUGCACCUUAGAUGAUAUUCCAUUGGUCAGUAAGUGUGGUACCUUACCUCCCGAGAGCUGCCUCUUCAGUCUGAUCUGUAGCGUCGGGUCCUUCAUGGUGAUGUUGGUGGGUUUGUUACGUUACGCUCAGGUGAUGGAGAGACACCAGAACUCCUUACUGAACACAGCAGCGCUGGUCACUUGCUGGAUCUGUGCUGCAGGCCUCAUCGUCGUGGGAAACUUCCAGGUUGACAAUGCCAAAGUGCUGCACUAUGUUGGCGCUGGAGUAGGGUUCCCCAGCAGUAUGCUGUUCAUCUGUUUCCAAUCGGUGCUCACUUACAGGAUAGCAAAGAACUCCCUGGACUACCAAAUAGGCCACUGCCGAGCAUUCCUCACCAUUGUGGCCUUCAUCAACCUUGUUAUGAGUGGGGUCUUCUUCAUUCAGGAGAGCUCCCAGCUCCAGCACGCAGCAGCUAUCUGCGAGUGGGUUUUCACCAUCAUCAUUCUCAUUUUCUACGGGACUUUCGCCAUGGAGUUCAGCUCCAUCACUCAAAACACCUUCCUUGAAAUGCUGGCAAAGAGAGACAAGAAGACAAACUGUAAAGCAGACACCAACAUGGUGGUCCCCAGCUCAGGCAUCAACCGCACCCAAGAGGCCAUCGCCAUGAUCUAAGCUUCGAGAUCUCCACAGACAGGUCGAACUAUAACUCUGCCGUAAAACGUUGGUGGACCCCGAAUAGGGGUGUGGGCUGGGGGUAUCUGUGGAGCAUUACUGCCUGUUACAUUGGAGGGGGAAAUAAAUCAUGAAAUACCUCAGAUCCUUGAGCAAACCGGGGAUACUGUUACACAAAAGCCAUCGCAAAAGGACCAAACCUCUCCUUUCUCCAAUGGUAUUUUUGGAACAUUUUUAUGAAAUGUAAUUUUUUUUAUAAAAGUUUGAUUUUUAUAGCAGAAAUGAAUUAUAUAUUUUAUGACAGCAAGUGAUUCAACCAUUCAGACUAUUGUGAAAGACAUUCGAUGCCUUUAAGUUGCAUGUAACACUGACCCUUGUAAAUGGGACAGGUCAACAUUCAAAUUGACAUGAUAAAGUUCACUUUUUAAAAUGUCAUUUCCAUUUAUCGGUAGCUGAUUUCUGUGUGUUUUCCCGUUAUCUUUCGCUUCCAGGCUGAACAUGGGUGACCACGGUUUCUAACAUAUUAACAUUCCCACUUGCUGGAGAGUUGUCCAUAGCCAGGGCAGGUUAACCAGUGAAGAAACCUCACCCUAGACCUCUGUGCUCCCACCUUCUCUGCCCUGGCCCCGCAUCUACCUCCUUCCCCCAUUCCCUGUGUUGUUUUUAACUGAUCUACCCUCUGGCUCCUUUGCCCUUCUCCCUCUCUGAGAGGAUGUGCCUGGCCCACAUUCUGUCAGAAGCCUUUGGUAUUGACCCUUGGAUCCAUUGAACUUUGCUGUCCUCAUUUUUCCCUGGGUUCUUUAUCCUCGUUCAAUCCUAAAACCUUCCAAGAUCUCGGCGCUCCUCCAAUCCCAGUCUCUUGCGUGGAGAUGCUGAUGCUGGAGUCAGAGACAACACAGUGUGCAGCUGGAGGAACACAGCAGGCCAGGCAGCAUCAGAGGGGCAGGAAAGCUGACGUUUCAGGUCGGGACCCUUCUUCAGACUUUCCUGCUCCUCUGAUGUUGCCUGGUCUCUAUGUUCCUCCAGCUCCACACUGUGUUAUCUCGGUCUCUUGCACGCUUCUUGUCAUUUCUCCCCCAUUUUUGUGUGCCUCCAGCCAACUAGUCCCCAGGUUCUGGAAACCCUUCACCAAACCUCUCCGUCUCUGCCUUUAUCUAUCUCUCUUCCUCUUCUGUUUCUGAUGCACCUUAAAACUUCUGACAAAACUUAUUGUUCCCUGUCUUAAUAUUUCAUCAUAGUGCCAAUUUUGUUGAUAGUUUUCCUGUGAAAACUUUCGGACAUUUUUGCUAUGUUAAAGGUGCUAGGUGAACACAGGUUGUUGUUGUAAAAGCAUACAAAGUGCCCAGGCACUCUGUACAGUGACAGCAAUUUCUGAUAUUCCCAUGGUGCUAUCUGCUGGCACAUGGCUCUUCAUAAGGCCUAAGUCUCUUUUGUGUGUGACAAACAAUUAGACCAUUUAAGUUGUUGAAUAUUUUUUAAUGCGCCAUGUACACAUUUUAGAGAAACAAUUGUACGAUCAGAAAUGUGCGAUCAUUUGCUCUUGUAAAUAAACUACAGCUCUAA